AAUGAGGAGUCUUCGGCCGCACAGGAUCGUGGGAAGCGCGGGCCUCUCCUUCUCUCCCUUUUUUUUUUUUUUUUUUUUGCGGCGCGCGCCCGGGAGGGGUCGCGCGCCGGACCGCCGUUGCCGCGCGGAGCUGGGAGGGGAAGCGGAAGCGGAAGCAGUUUAGUCUCAUGUCCGGGCUUCGCUCGCUGCGUCUUGUCUCUGGGCCCCGCGACAAGAUGGCGGACCUGUCCCUGGACGAGCUCAUCCGGAAGCGCGGCGUGACUGCGAAGGGGAGACUGAACACCAGGCCAGUAUUUGGAGGCAUUCGAUCUCGAAUUGGGAUCCAGCAAACUCUUCUAAGUAGACCAACGCCAACCAUCAGCUUCCAACGGACGUUUGAUGCCCGGCAAAAGAUUGGCCUCACUGAUGCCCGACACAAACUGGGAGUUAAAGAUGCUCGGGAGAAACUGCUUCAGAAAGAUGCUCGGUUCAAAAUCAAAGGGAAAGUGCAGGAUGCCCGGGAAAUGCUGAAUUCCCGCAAGCAGCAGAGUGUGCCUGCUGAGAAGGUGACCAAAGUGAUAGAUGCCAGAGAGAAGAUCAGCUUGAAGAGGAGCGCUCCUACUGCUGCAAUUGUAAGUCCAGCUGUGGGGACAAUGACCCCGGCUAUGAAGAUCACAAAAACAAUUCAGCAGAAGGCUGCAGCCCCAGGACACAUUCAUCCUGCAGGAAUGAGGAUCAAUGUAGUGAACAACCACACACAGAGACAGGGCCUGUAUGAUAUGGAAGAUGAUGAUGAAAGCGUAUCUCCCCUUCCUAGCAAACAGAUGAAAAUCACCACCACAAACAGCUUCCUGCACAACGCGGCUGGGCUGAGUGGCAAUAAGUUCUCUCUUUCCAAGACCGUCCCCCUCACCAAAGUUGUCCAGAAUGACACCUAUACAGCCCCCCCACCACCUCUCUCUCCCAUUCGGACAAAGGCCCUGACAAACAUGUCCCGGACUUUGGUGACCAAGGAGGAACCACCAAAAGAACCAGCACCUGUUGAGCCGGUGUUCAGCCCUUUGGAAGGUACAAAGAUGACUGUGAACAAUCUGCACCCCCGAGUCACAGAGGAAGACAUUGUUGAGCUGUUCUGUGUGUGUGGCGCUCUAAAGCGAGCCCGUCUCGUGCACCCUGGAGUGGCUGAGGUGGUCUUUGUGAAGAAGGAAGAUGCCAUCACAGCAUAUAAGAAAUAUAACAACAGAUGCUUAGAUGGGCAGCCAAUGAAGUGCAACCUUCACAUGAACGGGAAUGUCAUCACAUCAGAUCAGCCAAUCUUGCUUCGAUUAAGCGACACCCCCUCUGUGAAAAAGGAAGUAGAACCACGGCGGUCGAGUGCAGGUGCCUCCUCAAAUCCGCCAGCUGAGGUGGACCCUGACACCAUUUUGAAGGCGCUCUUCAAAUCCUCGGCGGCCUCUGUCUCUGUGCAGCCCACAGAAUUCAAAAUCAAACUCUGAGAAGAGUGGAGGCGAGCAGUGGACUGGAAAACUUGCUGAAGGCGUGAAAUGGGGAGAAUCGCGUGGGAGCGCAGGUGUUACUGUGUUUGCCCACCUUGUGUUUUUUGUUUUCUAUGAUCGCUACCUUCCUGUACAGUAGUGUUCCCUCUCAUAUGUGUAUUUUCUGUUGGAGUUUUCUUCCACAUUUUUCCAAGAGAAUAACCUCCCCCUUCUGCCAGUGAGAUAUAUUACAAAGCAUAGACCCAUGUAACUCCCUCCUUUGCUCCACGCCCCCUUGUGGCCAGCUAUUAAAGGUGCACCAAGAGACUUUGAGGGAAGGGGAAUGAUAAACAGCACCUCUUGUCCUCCAGCUAACAACCUCUGACUGAAUGGUGAAGCCCCUCUGUUAUUGUCGCUUGAUAACAGAUUUAAUUUUUAAGGCUGCUGCAUUUGGGGUGGAGCCAGGUGUGAUGCUCAGAAGCAAGUGGCGUUUUGACAGAUUUAUCUCAUGUGCAGCUGGUAGGAUACAACUUCUGCCUGGCUGUUAGAUGCUUUGCUGAUCAGCAGCUGUGACACUUGGAAGCACUGAGAAGAAUCUGGCUCCCCUGCUUAUCAGCCGAUGGUAGAGUUUUGGCUGGGGGGAGGAUAUAUGCACAGGUGCAGACAUAUAGCAUCUUAUCUGCUGUCACAGUUAAGCCUCUGCUAUUAUCCUGGUGAAGUUCAGUUUUCAGUAACGCACAGAGGGGGAGAAAAUAGCUCAGGCUUCUGUGUAAUGUGACUAUAUCAGCUCCUUAGGGUACCGCAGGGUGAUCUGCCCUUUCUUCCCUCUUUCUGGACUGACUUCAUGUGAGAGCAGGGACUUUGACCAGAAACACAAGAAAUAGUGUUUCCCUUCCCCAUAGGUUGAAUCAUAUCAUGUUCUCCCAACCCCUGCUGUCAAUAUAGGGACAUGAGCUUUUUUUAUUGCCUGAGGUGGGGACUGGGAAGUUCUUCUAUCAUCCCCAUUCCAAUUUUAUGGAGAGGAGUGGGUUGGGGAGUAAGUCAUGUACUAAUAUGUAGGAAGUAAUCCUCUUGUCCACCUGCUCUCAAGGAGUAUCAAUUGUAAAAGGGCUCCAUGUGAGCUAUGCUUGGCUGCUUUGCAGAACAGCUGCUCGUGUACAUGGGCUGGAAGGAUGGUGGAGGCACUUUGUGGCCUCAGAGGGAUGGCUGUUGGGAAACCACUGUAAGGGAUACAGCAGAGAGGGGAGCAUGGAAACCAAGCAAGCCCGAGGUUGAGCCACAAGAAUGUACCUUCCAAGCAGAGACUGUUUGUCUGUGAUGAGCCAUUGGCCACUAGGUGGCACUUGCCGUGUUCCCUUUGUUAGCAUAGCAUUAACCCAGUGAAAAUUGGGAAGUCCAGGUAGCUCUAAUUGUAUUAAGUUUCAAUUGUAUUAUGAGAAAAGAGGGAAGUGAAAACCACCCCAAAACCUGGCUGAAGUUUGAACUUAAUCCUUCCAGCUAUGAAACUAACCAAUUCUGUUCAGCCCUGCCGACAUUCUUUAGUGAACUCUGUCCAGUACCACUGUAGAUUCAGACUCCAUUUCUUGGUGGACCCUGUGUUUCUUUUGCACUCUUGUGCAAACUCUUUGUUCUGUCCAGCGGGUACAAACCAUUCCUCUCUCAUGCCAUAUUGCUCGUAGCCAUGGAAAGAACUGAGGACUCAACAGAACCUGCUUUUCUGGAGUAAUGUAUCUGAAGAAUAACUGCAGUUAUUGGGGAUUCUUCUUGUGAACUGCAGGUGUGUGGGGGAAGGGUUUAAGACUGCAAUUGUUUCUCUUUUAGAUCACCCAUCAGACAUCUGUGUUUUAAUAAAAGGGGGUGGGAGAAGGGAGUGUUAGGGAUUGGAGAAGACUAUGUAUUAUCUGUUUCAGAAUAAAUGUUUGUUAUACACAGA